AUGCUUCCGUCAGCUUUCCUCCCCGCUGCCCCCCUGCCGGCCCGCUCCCUCCGUGCCCCCCACACCCCCUCCCUGCGCCGACCGGUUUUCUUCGCCACGGCCAGCUCCCACCCUGACCCUUCCCCACCCUCCCUUCUCUCCCGUCUCUCCGUCUCCGCCAUCGCGCUUGCCGCCGUUGCACUUCCCCUCCCCUCUCUGGCCGCGCGCAAGCACUCCAACAUCACAAUGACCGACCAGGUCCCCAACUUCACGCUCCCCUCGCAGGAAGCCGCCACGGAUCGCGGCCGCUCUGCAAACCCCCUCCUCCUGCGCGUCGUCUUCGUCGCCAAGCGCGCCGUCCCCGCCGUCGCAGUCAUCGCCCUGGCCGUCUGGGGCGUCCGCAGCGUCCUCCGCCGCGCCCAGGAGCGCGAGCUGCGCGACUUCCAGACGCAGCUCUCCUCCUUCUCCUCCCAGCUUGACUUAGAUGCAAAUUCAACCGCAGCGGGCGGGGAGAAGGACUCGCUCCUCGAUUCCGCCAAUACAGCAAAGCAGAUCUUGGAAACUUCGUCAAAGCGCUACAAGUUUCGCGCCGAUUCCACCCAGGAGAAGGACGAUGACAUCGAAUCCAAAGUCCGCCUCGAUCUAUUCCGUGCGGGCGGCUCUGCGAACCCCAAAGAUGCGGCUAACACCCAGAUGCCUCCGGCAGAGGCUCCGGACGCGGCAAAGGCCGAAAUCUCACAGGUGCAGCCGGCGUCGCCAAUGGAGUCCACUAUCGCCGAGUGCUUGAAACAGGUCGAGGCUGGCGACGAUGCCGCAAAGGAAGCCGCAAAGUCCUCGUUGAACGCCGCUCGCGCCACAGCGGGGCUUUCCGAGAGCGAAGGCGCGAAGCUGUUCGAUACUUACGUCUCGAGUGUGGUAUCGGCCCAGAUCGAUAGAGCCGCCAUCAAUCUGGAUUCGGACGAUCGGGAAAGCCUGCGCUACCUCCACCAACUGGCCGUCACCAUGGGAGCCGCAAAGGCACUUGGACCCGACGCAGCCCUGCGGUAUGUCGGAGAACAUGCGGGGGAAGAGAAGACGCGCGAGGAGUUGUACAGACGGUAUGCCGUGUUUUGUUUGUCGAGUGAGGAACGUGUCAAGGAUGAUUUGCAGAGUUUAGUCGACAUGCAAACCUUGCUGGCUGUGACCGACGCGAGGGCGGAGACGAUUAACACGGAGAUUGCGAAGGGAAUGUUUCAGGUGGCCGUGAGCGCCGCGAUGGCUGACGGCAGUUUAGACCCGGGUUCUCGCGAUGCGUUGGAGAAGCUGAAACAGAGCUUCGGCGACUUUUUAGACGGUGGUAGCGCCGAUUCUAUCAUGUCUGAGGUUGCUGUGAUGCGAGCGAUGUACUCGCUGCAGCAGCUUUUGCAGGAGCAGGGCGUUUCAGAUGAUGACGUGCUCGAGCUGCGGAAGAUGUGCAAGGAACUCGGUGUAGACAUUGAUGAAAUGUUGCAAAACGCUGACACCUUGGGGGAUGCGCUUGGGCCGGAGGCAAAGGAGUUUGUGGAGAGUUUGAGAGGCUUGCUGUCGGAUUCAAAGGGGGAGGGUAUUGUUACCGAUACCACGCAGAUUGAAUCGUUGAAAGACGGUUCAGUCAAGGCAGAUUCGUCGUCAUAGUGGGACUGUUUUGUUCAUGAAUAAAAAAGUCAUGGGAGCCAAUAACUGCGAAA